CAUUUCGCCCUGCUACUUUGUUGAGGUGUGAUCCAAGAAGAGAGAGAGAGAGAGAGAGAGAGAGAGAGAGAGAGAGAGGGAGGCAGGGAGGAUGAUCGCUGACGGAGUUGAAGAUGAAGAAAAAUGGCUCUCCGCCGGGAUCGCCGGCCUUCAACAGAACGCCUUCUACAUGCACCGUGCUCUCGAUUCGAACAAUUUGAAGGACGCUCUCAAGUAUUCUGCUCAGAUGCUCUCGGAGCUCCGCACUUCGAGGCUCUCUCCUCACAAAUACUACGAACUUUAUAUGCGGGCAUUUGAUGAAUUGAGGAAAUUGGAGCUCUUUUUCAAGGAGGAGACUAGUCGUGGUUGCUCGAUUGUCGAGCUUUAUGAGCUUGUGCAGCACGCUGGCAACAUCUUGCCGAGACUAUAUUUGCUCUGUACCGUGGGGUCUGUCUACAUAAAAUCCAAAGAAGCUCCCGCGAAGGAUGUUCUUAAAGAUCUUGUAGAAAUGUGUCGUGGUAUCCAACAUCCUCUACGUGGGCUCUUUCUGAGGAGUUACCUGUCUCAAGUCAGUAGGGAUAAAUUGCCUGACAUUGGCUCUGAGUAUGAAGGAGAUGCUGAUACCGUUAUGGAUGCUGUUGAGUUUGUGCUCCAAAAUUUCACCGAGAUGAACAAGCUUUGGGUUAGAAUGCAACAUCAGGGACCUACUCGUGAAAAGGAGAAGAGGGAAAAGGAAAGGAGCGAGCUACGCGAUCUUGUUGGUAAGAACCUUCAUGUUCUCAGCCAGAUUGAGGGUGUUGACCUUGAAAUGUACAAGGAAAUUGUGCUUCCCAGAGUGUUGGAGCAAGUUGUUAACUGCAAGGAUGAGCUUGCUCAAUACUAUUUGAUGGAUUGCAUAAUUCAAGUCUUCCCCGAUGAAUACCACUUGCAGACUCUUGAGACCUUAUUGAAUGCUUGCCCUCAACUUCAGCCUUCUGUUGAUGUAAAAACAGUGCUUGCUCGACUAAUGGAAAGGCUUUCAAAUUAUGCUGCUUCUGGUGCAGAAGUCUUACCUGAAUUUUUUCAAGUAGAAGCUUUUGCAAAACUGAACAAUGCCAUAGGCAAGGUGAUAGAAGCACAAGAAAAUAUGCCUAUUGCUGGAGUUGUGACAUUAUAUGCAUCUCUUUUGACAUUUACUCUACAAGUACAUCCUGAUAGGCUUGAUUACAUUGACCAAAUUCUGGGAGCAUGUGUAAAGAAACUUUCAGGAAAAGAAAAGCUUGAUGAUAGGCAAGCAACAAAACAGAUUGUCGCACUUCUGAGCGCUCCACUUGAGAAGUAUAAAGAUAUAGACACUGCACUAAAGCUGUUGAAUUAUCCCCGUGUCAUGGAGUAUCUAAAUGCUCGAACAAAUAAAGAGAUGGCCAAUGUUAUCAUUCAAAAUAUAAUGAAAAACAAGACUUGCAUUUCAACUGCUGAGAAGGUGGAUGCACUGUUUGAAUUGAUAAAGGGACUCAUUAGAGAUUUAGAUGAAGAUCUUCAUGAUGAGCUUGAUGAAGAGGACUUCAAAGAGGAACAGAAUUCUGUUGCACGUCUUAUCCAAAUGCUCCAUAGUGAUGAUCCAGAAGAGAUGUCGAAGAUCAUCCAUACUGUGAGGAAGCAUAUUUUGACUGGAGGACGAAAGAGGCUUCCAUUUACGGUCCCUCCACUUAUAUUCAGUUCCCUAAAGUUGGUAAGGCGACUGGAAGGUCAGGAUGAAAGUGUAUCUGGAAAUGAGGCAUCAACUACACCAAAGAAGAUCUUUCAGAUAGUGACACAGAUAAUUGAGUCGUUGUCAAGUAUACCAGUACCUGAACUGGCUCUAGGGUUGUAUCUGCAAUGUGCUGAGGCGGCAAAUGACUGUGAUCUUGAACCUGUCGCAUAUGAAUUUUUCACCCAAGCUUAUAUUUUGUAUGAAGAAGAAAUCACGGAUUCAAAAGCUCAGGUGAUAUGCAUACAUCUAAUAAUAGGAACACUUCAGAGGAUGCAUGUCUUCGGCGUUGAGAAUAGAGACGCAUUGACGCACAAGGCUACAGGGUAUUCUGCGAAGCUAUUGAAGAAGCCUGACCAGUGUAGAGCUGUCUAUGCAUGUUCGCACCUGUUCUGGCUUGAUGAACACGACCGUAUCAGAGAUGGAGAGAGGGUCUUGCUUUGCUUAAAGCGUGCCUUAAGAAUUGCAAAUGCUGUUCAACAAAUGGCUACUGCAACUAGAGGCAGCGGCGGAUCAGUCGUGCUCUUUAUAGAGAUACUGAACAAAUAUCUCUAUUUCUACGAAAAGGGGGUCUCGCAGAUAACUGUUGAAUCGAUCCAGGACCUGAUCGAAUUGAUCAGAAGCGAGAUGAACGGUGACAAUGCAUCAUCAGAUCCAGCAGCAGAUGCUUUUCUUGCAAGUACAUUACGGUACAUACAGUUCCAGAAGGACAAAGGUGGUGCAGUGGGCGAGAGAUAUGAGCUCAUCAAGGUGUAAUUUAUUCACAGGUUUUAAAGAAGUGAAAUUAGUAGAACUAAACACGAGUUAUUACUGGUCGAUUUUGGUUUGGUUUAAUUUUUAACACCUAUAGAAUUUGCCAGCUCUACUUUUGAGCUGAAUUAAAUGCUCACUUUGCACAUUCUAACAUCUUUGGAGUCCUGCUAUAGAAUGUUGAUAAUUGUAGUGAACUUUUGAAUUGAUACUUGACUGCAGUUGCAUGUCUGGAUUGUUGAAAAAGAGUCGCAAUAAGCAAGUGGUACAUAAUCUAUCUGUAAUUUCCUCACAAUGAGUUUUCUUACUCAGACAAUCGCGUCGCACAUUGAUUUGAAUAUGAUACUGUGUAAAUGUACAAA